AUGAGAAUAAUUUUGUUGGUCUGGAUCUUUGCUGAGGUCGCUAGGACUUUAGUGCUUCAGCCAAGUCUGAAUGGAUCAGUGCUGCAGAAUUCCUCAUUGGUGGGUGAGACCUGGACUGAGUGGAAUCCUGAUGACCAUCAUCCUCAUCAUGCAGUGAAGGAAGAAGUGCUAAAAUGGGAAAAAGAGCCUGGAACUCAGAUCACUGUUACAAUUAAAAAAGAUGAGGAGACAGACACUGUACACAGCAUGAACAUGGAGAAAGAAAAACAUAAACUUCUACAGCAAAAGGAGAAAAUAUUAAUAGAGGAGCAGGGAAGACAUAAUGAGGAUACAACAGGCCAAGAGGAAGAACAGGGGAAACAAGUGGCUCACAAGACAGUGUUCGUUAUGAGAGUGAAUAAGACUGGAGAUGAAAAACAAAUUAACAUGUUUGAUAAAAGGGUUAAAAAUUCAAAUUUAACAAAGGAGACCUCCCUGGAAGAGAACGAGGAUGGACGUCCAUCUUUUUCACCACCAACAGUUCAUCCAAUUUUUAAUCAGAAUAGCAGUUCUCCCACCACUCACUUCUCUCAGUCUUUCUCACCCACCACAAUUUCACCUUCGUCUACUACAACACAAAAUUCAUCUGCUAUUAAGUUUAACCCUGAAGCUAAAGACCAAAAUAUGUCCCUUUCCACCACUGAACCAAAUCACUUUUCAUUUAAAACAAUAACAUACAGUCCAUUGAGCAAUGUAAACAGCACCAGUGAUGACUCCUAUAUGGCUCAGACUGAAACCAAUUCCAAACCCCACCCCAAAAAGACAGAUGAUGUUGCUCUAACAGCGAUGACAGCUCGGGCUGGCAAAACAGUCACAAGUUUACCCAGAAUCUUCAAACCCAAGCCACAAAGCAAACAUCCAAAUGCAAAAAAGAAAGAAAAACAGAUGAUAAAACUAAAACCCAAAAAGAAAGAAAAGAAAACCAAUACAAAGCCUGUGAAAAAAGUGAAGCAGAUGAAAAAGAUAAAACAGGAAAAACAUGAGGUGACCACUGGGUCACAUUUCCCUUACUUUGAAGAUCACUACUGCCCACCACACUGCAACUGCUAUGGGAGGGUGGUGCAAUGCUCAGACAAAGAGCUUGAAAAUAUUCCUUAUGGCAUUCCAUACAACUCCCGCUACAUCCUCCUCAUGAACAACCGCAUUAACAGAAUUCCACUGGGGCUUUUCUCUGAAUACCUUUCCAUGGAAUUUCUAGUGCUCAGCAACAACCGUCUGACAGACAGUUCCACUGAGGGUGCCUUUGAGAAUAUACAGGCUCUAAAGAGGCUCUAUAUGGAGCGGAACCUCCUCCAGAGUGUCCCUGCUGACCUGCCGGUCUCAUUGGAGGAGCUUCGUCUUGAUGGGAACAGACUGAAAGUUAUGUCAGAAACUGUCUGGUCUUGCUGUCCAAGGCUGCUCAUUCUCAGCUUGAGCAACAACAGUUUAGAGAGUGGCUCAUCCUCGAUCCCUGAUGGAGUUUUUUCACCACUAAGUAGUCUUCGCACUCUCAGCCUCUCGCACAACAGUCUCACUUCCAUCCCCCAGCACCUACCACUUAGCCUUCAAGAGCUUUACCUUCGUGGCAACUUUAUUCAACGCUUCCAGGCAGGAGUUUUUCAAGGCAAGGCACAGCUCCUGGUGCUGGACCUUAGCGGCAAUAAGCUGACCAACAAGGGCUUAGGAAAGGACGCGUUUAUUAAUGCCACCCGCUUAGAGAGUCUUAACCUGGAAGGGAAUGUUUUGAAACAAGUCCCUAGCCACCUUCCACACACUCUAAAGAUACUUAACUUAGAAGGGAACUCCAUCUCUAGCAUCAGCAAGGCCGCAUUACUGUCUCUGCCACACCUGGAGCACCUUGGCCUGGCACGCAACAAGAUCUUCAAGGUUGUGCCUGGAGUGUUUCGGGUGCUGCCGUUGCUGUACCAGCUGGAUCUUAGCCACAACAUGCUGCAUCAGGUCCCACGUCAGCUCCCAGCCUGGCUUAUGUACAUUGCCCUCAACAAUAACAAGAUUCAGACAAUCCCUCGAGAUGCGUUUUGUUCGGUCCAACAAACUGAGGACCCCAAAAAUCGUUUGGUGAAGGUGCAGCUGGAGAACAAUCUUUUAGACUUGACCAGGCUGGACAGCCUAACUUUGAGCUGUCUAAGGGGAUUUCAGGUUGUGCACUUCUACUAA